AUGGACAGCAAAGUCACCACUGAAUCCUCUAAUGCCAACUGUUAUGUCAUGGAUUUGGGAGAGAGAACAAAGACGUUCAUUCUGGAGGGAAAAGCCCCAGUCACGUCCAGCAGGGGGGAUGGGGGAGCUCCAGAGGCCGGUCCUGCUUCUCUGCCUCUGAGUCAGGCAGAGAGCUCUGGACCCUGGCAGAGUGAAAGCCUGCUGGCAGAGUCCUGGUCCACGAUUGGCGACGUGGACCGGGAGGACGCCAAGAGCCUCGACAGCAGCGAUGGGGCCGCGCUAGCCGGGGAGGAGAAUCACUCCUCUAAUUCUGACAUGGUUCACCUGGAGAGGGAGGAAGCAGAGAUGCUUGAGGAGGCAGAGGAGAGAAGAAAGAGAAAAGAAGAAGAGGAUGAGGAAGACGAGGAGCUGCAGGCGAGCGUGCUGAGCGUGCUGGGUGGGGAGAGUGAGCUGGUGGAGCUCAGGGAGGAGGAGCAGGACCUCCGAGCCCCAGAAACUGAGGAGCUCCUGGUUUCAGCAGAGGAGCCGUUUGUGCGCAGGGAGCCGGUGGAGUUCAGGCAUGUGGUUCCCCCAAUGGCCCUGCCUCCAUUGCCAAUUGUCAAGCUGGACCCCCCCUCCGCAACCUCCACCCCAGUCCCCUCAACCACAACCUCUGAAGCAGAGGAGCUUUAUUCCACUUUGGGCCUUCAUCCUCCUUCUAUCCUCGCACCCACUGAAGCAGAGCCUCCCGAAGAGAGUCUCACAGGUUUCUCACAAAUCCCCCUCUCAGAUGUGGAGGAACACUCAGUUGAACAGGAAUCACCAGAGAAGGUGGAGCCUCAGCUGAGUGCUCCAAAGACCAAACCAAUGAGCACCACCGAGCUGCUGUUUGGAGGAGCUGCUUUGGUGGCUGUUGUUGGGGUAGUAGCUUAUGGCGCUGUUGUCUACAGUAAAAAAUAGACAGUCUCCUUCUGAAUACCUAAACAACCUUUCGCUACAGAUUUUUGUCUUUUUAAAUUGAUUCUCUAUUAGUUAUUCCACUUCACCCUGAAUAUUGGAUUUUAAUUGGAUACUUUUCUUGAUUCGUGUUGUGCUACCUCAGCUCACAGCAGCGCUUCUGGCCUUUGUUUUUCUGUUUGAUCUUGAAAAAAAUGUUGCCAGUAAAAUGUUCGCCUGGAAUGUAAAAAACAUGUUGUGUGCAGUUGUACAUUUUGCACAUCACAUCCUUUUGUGUGAGUGUGUCUCUCAUUACAUUAAUCAAGUAAACAAUGUUAAUGGGAAAAAGGAACAUACAUUUCUUUCAUCAAACUCUAGUUUAUGUCUUUUUAUUCUUAAACAAAAAAUGCUUUCCUAUUUAAAGUCAAUGGAAUUUAAGAUGGUCAAUAGCUUAAAGAUAUUGUUGAAUGAAAAUCUGGCUUGAGCUGCAUUUCCCACAUUUUUUAAAGGUGGACAUAACACUUAAUUGAUUUAAAAUUGUUGACACAAUCAGCUGAUCAUCCGUAGACAGAAAAAGCCUCUAUGUUGGUGUCAGAUGAAAAUAAUGAGAGUGUGAAUCUGAACACCUGAAGAGUGUACAAAAAAUAAUACGGUUCAUUUCAGCUUUGAAAGCAAGGUAACUCUUUUUCUUUUGUUGCUUCGUAUACUUUUAGAAUAAAAUGAAAUAACAUUAUUCUCCUUACCCUGCUUACAGUCAUAAAGAAAAAAGACCAGCAAUGGAAAACAUCUAAGCAUUGGGACUAUUUCUACCUCUAAGCAAGAAAUUUGAUAACUUUUUUUCUCAGUUUGUAGUGUUAGAAAUAGCCGUCAAAAACAGUGGUUGAGGUCAAGCUCAAGUCUGGAAACCAGGUAGAAUUUUCAUGAAGAAAUAGUUGACAGUUUCAUAAAAGUGAAUCAAAAUCUUUGCUCAGAAUUUAUGAAAGAUUUAGCACUGACAUGUCAGAUUUGUCUUUUCUUUUAUUCUUUGAACCAACACAGUGUUGUUGGAUCAAGGAUCAGAGGAGAGCAUUAUCUGUGUCCUCAAAAAAUCAUCAUAAGAGGUUUGUUUAUUUUAUUCUAUUUUUAUUCUAUUGCCUCAUCUGUGGCUAGAGGAACACAUCCCCACGUGUUGCUUUGAAGCAGGAUUGUUAUUAAGACCCUUGGGCUGGAAACUGCUAAACCAGACAGACAAGUAUGUGUCAAGUGGGUGUGUGUGUGUGUGUGCCUCGGCAGGACACUAAACACCCUUUCAGAGCGAGCAGUAGGAUCCGGACAGUCACAGAUUUAGAUCCAAACUUUUAAGAUGGAAAAUCAAGAAAUAUAGAGUGAAGUCAUUUUUCGUUUGUCAAAGGAGGUAGCUGAAUUUAAAGCAUUAAUAUAUUUAAUAAGAACUGUUGCAAAUUAGGAUGAGGUUUUAAUUUACAGCUCCAUCCUGCCAUCUGCUGCACAGUCAUACCAUCGCAAGCACUUCACAAUCUAUGAUGAGCUACAGGACAAGAGGGAGUCUGAAAUCCUCAACAAAGGGAUUUAAAAAAACAGACAUCGUGACCCCUAAAAAGUAGCUGAUAAUGAUUUGAAGUCACGUUUUUCAAACUAUCUGAAUAAAUCUGCUGGAUUACCUGUGCCUUCUGAAAAUUGUGUCUCUCAUUAGAUUCUUAAUCCUAAAAAUAAAAUAAUGACAAUUAUUGUCUCAAACAACUGCAUCCAUCUCUUUUGUUAAAUAUCUUGUAUGGUGUUCUAAUCCAGAGCACAAUGAUCUUAUACACAACGAUUAUAUCUUUGUGGUCAUGCAAGCUUUCAGUCUAAUAAACAGUUUAUACAUGA